AUUGCUUGCUUUCUUUGGCUUUCAUUUCCACAUGAAAACCCUAAAAAAAACUUCCUUCAAAACAAGGCAAAUAAGACCCCACAAAACUUCCCAUCACAAAACCUAGAAAAACUAAUUCACCACCAACAAAACCACCUCUUAACAAUGGCAUUGAGCAACAAUGUCAUUGCAGCCAUAAACUUCAUUGCUUUGCUUCUCUCGAUCCCCGUCAUCGGUGCUGGGAUCUGGCUCGCAACCGAAGCCGACAAUGCCUGUGUGCAGGUUUUGCAAUGGCCGGUCAUCAUUCUCGGCAUCGUCAUCUUUCUAGUGGCUUUGGCAGGUUUCAUUGGAGCAUUUUGGAGAAUUUCAUGGCUUCUAAUGUUCUACCUCGUCGCCAUGCUUGUUCUCAUAAUUCUACUCGGUAGCUUGGUUAUCUUUGUCUUCUCCGUCACGAUGAGAGGAUCAGGCCACGCCGAACCGAGCCGAGCUUACUUGGAAUAUCACCUUGAUGAAUUCUCCCUUUGGCUCCAAAGAAGGGUCAGAAGCUCUCAUAAAUGGGAAAGAAUUAGAAGUUGCCUUAGUUCCUCUACUACAUGUGCUGAGUUGAACCAAAACUACAGAUUUGCUCAAGAUUUCUUCAAUGCCCAUAUCACCCCUUUCCAGUCGGGGUGUUGCAAGCCACCAACAGAUUGUGGUUUCACGUUCGUAAACCCGACGUAUUGGAUUAGUCCAAUUAGCAAUGGGGCGAGUAUGGAUUGCUCGAAAUGGAGCAACGAGCAAACCGAACUCUGCUAUGGAUGUGAUUCAUGUAAAGCAGGGCUACUAGCAAACAUCAAAGAAGAAUGGAGAAAUGCAAACAUAAUUCUAUUGAUUGCACUUGUGGGACUAAUUUUUGUGUAUUUGAUGGCUUUUUUUGCUUUGAGAAAUGCCAAAUCUGAGGACCUUUUCCGCAGGCACACGCAAGGCUAUACCUAACACCAAAAUAUCAACAUAAACAUAACCUUUCAUUUUAUUUACUACUUUCAUUGAUUUUCUUUUUCAUGAAGUAGUUUGGUUUCUUUCUCGGGUUCAUCGAAAAAUACUGAUGUUGAACCCUUUGAUUUUUAGAAAUAGUGAUAGGUUUUGCUAAUAUUGACUUAUUGAUGUUGAAUCGUUUGAUUUGUGGAAAUUUGAUAAACAUUUUUAUAUGUGUUUA